GUUUGAACAAAAUUUAUCUCUUUUCAGAUGAUGAUGGAAUGCCAGUUCCAUCAUCUUAAUUGGCAUUCCAUUAUAUGAUGAUGAAAUGCCAAUUAGAAAAAAAAAAAAAAAUGAGUGUUUUGUGGGAAUUAGCUCAGAUGGUAGAGCACUCAGCAUGUAAGAAGUACCAGGAUCAAUGCUCGGAUUCUCUGUGUUUUUUUGAUAUUUGAUUUUUGGUAUUGUCAACGUGCAUGUAUGACAAAAUAUAAGUGAUUUGGGAAAAAAAACUGGGUAUACAAGGCAUUAGAUGUAUGCAAGAGAAGACUGCACUGGUAUGGUCAUGUAAUGCAUUAAGAGGUACCGAUCUCUAAUUGUAGAAGAAACAUGGAAGGAGUAGAUCCAAGAAGAUGUGGUGAGAAAGGAUCUACAAACAUUGGGACUCGCUCUGUAAAGUGUUAGGAAGGAUAUCCAAACAGAAACGAAACCAAAACAAACAUGGAGUCUGGGCAGCUCCUCAGUUAAAAUUAUUGAUAAAAAGUUAAGAUUAAAAUAGAUGUAAAAACGGGAAUUUGGCAACCUGAUAUUAUAGAAUUACGACGUUGAGGGUUCCAGUUGAUUCAAUCAACGGAACAGCCUGCUCGUGAAAUCAACGUGCAAGUGGCUGAGCACUCCGCAGACACGUGUACCCUUAACGUAGUUCUCGGGGAUAUUCAGCGUGACACAGUGUGACAAGGCUGACCCUUUGAAUUACAGGCACAACAGAAACAGGAAGAAAGAGUGAGAGAAAGUUGUGGUGGAAGAGUACAGCAGGGUUCGCCACCUCCCCCCGCCGGAGCCUCGUGGAACUUUCAGUGUUUUUCGCUCAAUAAACACUCACAACGCCCUGUCUGGGAAUCGAAACCGCGAGUCUGCUGCCCUAACCACUGGGCCAUUGCGCCUGCACUGUUUAAACACCAUCAAUUGAAAAAUGUUACGAACUUUUAUCGAAUAUAAUCUUCUAUUUAGCACAUUAACUUCGGCGGUACUUAUACUGAAAUUGGAAUAUAGUCCUCUGGUUCAAGACUGAACGGUGUAAUUUGAGGGAAAUUCAGCUGCUAUUUCUAGAAAGAUUAACAGCGCUGGUGAAAUCGUACUUUAAUCGGAAUGGCUACGAAACUGUGGUUAGCAAUAAGUCUCUGAUUUAUCUCCUCCCGUCAAGCAAUCAACCGCAACGAUUUCCACGUAAGAUGUCAUACAAUUAGUCGACAGGGUCAACGAUACAUUAAAAAGAAAAAGGUAGAAGUCCUUGAUGAGACUGGUAUCAAAAAAUUAUUUUGCAUCAGAAGCAUCAUCAAUAUCUAUAAUUUUUUGAAGACAAAGGUUGUUUUUUUGUCUUUACAAAAUGGCAAAAAACUCAGGAAAGACUUUGUAUCAGUGUGAUAUUUGUGAAAAGUCAUUGACUACGAAAGGUCAUCUUACUACUCAUGUACGUAUUCAUACAGGAGAGAAACCAUAUCACUGUGAUAUCUGUGGUAAAGCAUUCUCUCGAACUGGUGAGCUAACUAUUCACAAACGUGUCCAUACAGGAGAGAAACCAUAUGAAUGUGAUAUUUGUGGUCAAUCAUUCACUCGUAAAGAUAUUUUAACUACACACAGACGUAUUCACACAGGAGAGAAACCAUAUCAGUGUGAUAUGUGCAGUAAGUCAUUCGCUAAAAGUACUAACUUAACUGAUCACAAACGCAUUCAUACUGGAGAAAAACCAUACCAAUGUGAUUUCUGUGGUAAAUCAUUCAAUCAAAAUAACCAGUUAAUUAAGCACAAACGCAUUCAUACAGGAGAAAAGCCCUAUCACUGUGAUAUCUGUGACAAAUCAUUCUCUCGAAAUGCUGAAUUAAUUGCCCACAAACACAUUCAUACAGGUGAGAACCCAUAUCAGUGUGAUACCUGUGGUAAAUCAUACCCUCGAAAUUAUCAGUUAACUACCCACAAGCGCACUCACACUGGAGAAAGACCAUUUCAUUGUGAUAUUUGUGGUAAAGCAUUUAAUCAAAGUUACAUCUUAAAGGGACAUAAACGUAUUCAUACUGGAGAAAAACCCUAUCAUUGUGAUAUCUGUGGUAAAUCCUUUUCCAAAAGUCAUCUUACAACUCAUAUACGUAUUCAUACGGGACAGAAACCAUAUCACUGUGAUAUCUGUGGUAGACCAUUCUCUCGAACUGAUGAGCUAACUAUUCACAAACGUGUCCAUACAGGAGAGAAACCAUAUGAAUGUGAUAUCUGUGGUCAAUCUUUCACUCGUAGAGAUAUUUUAACUACACACAGACGUAUUCACACAGGAGAGAAACCAUAUCAGUGUGAUAUGUGCAGUAAAUCAUUCUCUAAAAGUACUAACUUAACUGAUCACAAACGCAUUCAUACUGGAGAAAAACCAUAUCAUUGUGAUUUUUGUGGUAGAUCAUUCAAUCAAAAUAACCAGUUAAUUAAACACAAACGUAUUCAUACAGGAGAAAAACCUUUUCACUGUGAUAUCUGUGACAAAUCAUUCUCUCGAAAUGAUGAGUUAACUAUUCACAAACAUGUUCAUACAGGAGAGAAACCAUAUUGGUGUGAUUUCUGUGGUAAAUCAUUCCCACGAAAUAGUGGCUUGACUGCUCAUAAACGCAUUCAUACUGGAGAAAAACGAUUUCAUUGUGAUAUCUGUGGUAAAGCAUUUAAUCAAAGUAAUGUGUUAAAGGGACACAAACGUAUUCAUACUGGCGAAAAACCAUAUCAGUGUAAUAUCUGUGGUAAAUCCUUCUCCCAAAGUACUGCUGUAACUGUCCAUAAACGUAUUCAUACUAAAGAAAAACCAUAUCAUUGUGAAAGCUGUGGUAAAUUCUUCUCCCACAGUAACCGUUUAAUUAAGCACAAAUGUAUUUGUACAGUAUAGAAACUAUGUCAUUCUCUCAACCUUUUGAUUGUAGUAAUCAAAUAUAUAUUCUUAAAUGCAACAAAAAAAACCCCACAUCACUGAUAUUUGUAGUAAUCGUGCUCACUAAAAAGUUUUCUAUAUGUUUGUAUUCAUAUCAGUGUGUGAUGCUAAAUAUAUACAAACCAUAAACUAGAGUAUUUCACCUCACUUUAAGGAGAUAAAUGGUAUUUUGGCAUGUAUAGUGUAUACAUUCAGAUGUUUUGUUUUAUAUUUAUUGUAUUUAUUCUAUCAAGAGACUAAUUCUA